UCAGAAGGAUCUGCUCCUCCAACAUGGCUGACCUCUGGCAAAACGCCAUGGACCACGCUGUCGCCGCCGCACGCAGAGCUGGAGAGGUGGUGCGUGAGGCUCUGCAGGACGACAGGAAGGUGAUGACGAAGAGUUCUUCGGUGGAUCUGGUAACACAAACUGACCAGAAGGUGGAGCAACUCAUCAUCCAAUCAGUGAAGGAGAAGUUCCCUACUCACAGGUUUAUCGGGGAAGAGUCUGUGGCUGCAGGUGAAGCGUGUGUCCUGACCGACAGUCCCACCUGGAUCAUCGACCCAAUAGACGGGACCACCAACUUUGUUCACAAGUGAGUUUCAUCAUGACAUCAUCACUACAUCAUG